ACUGGCCACCCUAAAGACCGAAAUUACCAAUUACACUGUAUAUAUGACAGCCAAGAUUGGGCAGUUGGGUAAUCGAGGGAGGGAAUGGCGGGCGGAAACACGGUGAAAAGGGCGGAGCAGCUGGUGGAGAGAGCAAUGAAAUGGAACGAUGCCUCCCAUGAUGCCUCGCACGUGUGGAGGGUCAGAGACCUCGCCCUCUCCCUCGCACGAGAGGAAGGCCUCUCCUCCAACCCUGACUCCAUGGAAAUCGUAGAGCUAGCUGCACUGCUUCAUGAUAUAGGUGAUUACAAAUACUUGAGGGAUCCAUCUGAGGAGAAACUUGUUGAGAAUUUUCUUGAGGAAGAGGGCAUCGAUGACAGCAAAAAGAUAAAGAUAUUAAGCAUCAUAAAGGGAAUGGGGUUUAAAGAUGAACUUGCAAGGCUAGGAAACGAUGAUUUUCCCCCUGAAUUUGGGGUUGUGCAAGAUGCUGAUCGUCUUGAUGCAAUCGGUGCAAUAGGAAUUGCUCGCUGCUUUACUUUUGGUGGAAACAGAAACAGAGUGCUUCAUGAUCCUGCCAUCCAGCCACGAUCAGACUUAUCCAAGGAACAGUACAUGAAGAAAGAGGAGCAGACUACUGUGAAUCAUUUCCACGAAAAGCUUCUCAAGUUAAAGGAUUUGAUGAAAACUAAGGUUGGGCAAAGUAGGGCUGAGAAAAGGCAUAAGUUCAUGGAGGAAUUCCUUAAAGAAUUUUAUGAUGAGUGGGAUGGGAGGGCCUGAAUGAGGUGAUUUCCAGCACCUAGAUGCAGUAUAUAAUUGAAGAGAGAAAAAUGAGAACAUAAAGGCACAGAAAUUACCUUAUGAAUUUUCUGUUUCUUACUAAUUUAAAUUUCAGCAUUUUUCUUCUAGUUAGCCUGCUACAGGAAGCUGGCUUGUACUAUCCUACAUUUCAAAAUUACUUGUGACCCAUGAACAACGUUUUGUGGGAGGGCUAUUUUCAUUUCUGAAUGGACCAAUAUAUCUACUGAUAAUGUGAGCAUGCUGUACCUUAUUAAACAAUAAACAGGUUGUUGGUGAAGUCACUUCUAUGUAACUAUUUCCUUAUUUUCUAUCUUCAAAUCAUGUUGAAUGCCUAUUUAUACCUGAGCCAACACUUAUCAUUGUUCCGAACUCAAUUAUAGGAUGUCUAUUUUGAUAAGGCUUUCAUGCUUUUUUUCUACGAUAUGUAUAAUGUUCAAGCUCAUAUUUGUACCGUAAAUAUGUCAGAUAAUACAUGGACAGGCUCUUAUGCAGCGGUGCUGUAUAUAUUAUUCUUACUCAUUUCUUUUGCCAUAUUUCUCACCUAUACCUUUAUCAUCCACCAAGGACAAUGUGAGCCUUUCUUGUCCAAUUCUCACCCUAGUCAAUAUUGCUGAUUUUGAGUAUGUUGCUCGGCCUUGAUGAAACGUGUGUAGGUGAUUGGAGGUUCAAUUUUGUUCGUUGAUUUUGAUUAGGAAUGAAACCAUUCAGGUUUGAUGAGCGAUCAGGGCUAAUCCAAUAAUGUUUGGAUAAAAAAGCAGCGCGGAAGAUAAUCUGCUUCUUGCCUCCAAAAUGGGCAGAUUUUCAGCCUCUGAAGCAUCGUGAAUAUUGGUAAUCCCAGAAACCUCAUUUGGAAAGCAGAACAUGUAGGACUUUUUGCAGUAAAAGUGAUGGAAGGAUUGACUGAAUCUUUGAUGGACAAUGAAUUUUUAAUGGGAAGGCAGUGUUUUUACAGGCCUUGUUACUUGAAACAAAUGUCAUGUUUGAUUUAUUCAUAUGUAGCUUUAAUGGCUCAGAUG